AUGGCUAUUCGAGAAAUUAUUGAAGCCUUUAGUAUUACAGAUUAUCUCAUCAUUUUUGCUUUAAUCAUUGCUACCUAUGUUUUUAAUUUUUAUUAUAAAUACUUAACUCGCCCCAAUCCGCUCAAUGGCCCAUUCCCUUUACCAUUUAUUGGAAACCUUCACAACAUGGUUUACGAUUUAAGAUUAUUCUAUGCUAAAUGCCGACAAAAUUAUGGAGAUAUCUGCGAAGUAACGUUUGAUGGAACUAGAGCAAUAAUUAUCUCACGACCAGAAUAUGCUGAAAAAAUGAUUCAGUCAUGUGCAACAAGGUUACCAUAUAAUCAGGGUUUGGAAGAAUAUGAAUUUAGUAACCAUGGAGUUGCCGGCAAUGAUGAUUUAAAGAGUUGGAAGUGCAACAAACAGUUCAUGGAUCAUGUUUUAGUGUCACCUAAAUUUAGGGAUUACACUGUAAAUUCUAUGAAUAAAUUUUUUAAAGAAUUGAACGGGUACUGGCAGUUCCUUGGAAUGCAAAAUGUUUCAAAUAAUAAAAACGACAAUAAUUGGACUUUAGAAACAAAUCUUGCCGAAUGGUUUCGUGCAAUUGCGAAUGAUACUAUGUCAGAAAUAGUCACCGGUGAAUGUAUGUCAUAUGCAAUGGCCUCCUACUAUAACAUGCAAAGUACUGUUAAACAUGAAUGUCCUGAUGCACUGAUCAAAGAUGGGAAUAAAUUUGUCAAAGCAUUAAUAUACCACCUUCAAGGUGGCAUGUUCUUCGCGAUGUUUGGCAAAUUCUUCAGGCAUUACGUUCCAAUAAUUAGAGACGUGGCAAAUUCUUACUUAAAAAACCGUGCUUAUAUGUAUGAAAGAUUGGAUCACUUAAUCAAAACAAGAAGAGAAAAGAUUGAAAAAAUGCCAGUGGGUACAGAAAUGGAAUCCGAUAUGUUGACUUCCUUAAUCAUUUUAAACACCGAAAAGGAUAAUGAUAAAACAAAAAUAAAAUCAAUUGACGGUGUGUCGUAUGAACCUAUGCCCGACGUAGAGAUCAGAAGUAUUUUGGUAGAGGCAAUGGCGGUUGGAUCAAAUUCUGUAAAAAUUGAUUCUGUCUUCUCUGAAUCUUCUAAUCUAUCUUAUGAAACACUCUUAAAGCUAAAAUAUUGUGAGGCCAUAAUUAAAGAAACUAUUCGUAUGAUUCCCGCAUCACUUUAUAUAACUCGUUACACGACUAAAGAGUAUGAAGUUGCAGGAUAUAAAUGGCCUGCCGGUACAUUUUUUCACAUAAAUCUUUUAGGGAUACAAGGCCACCCUGAAAUUUGGCCUAAUCCUGAAUCUUUCGAUCCAGAUAGAUUUUAUAAUGAUAAUCAAAAUAAAAUCAACUAUUCUUUGGUAUUGUUUGGUGGUGGUAUACGAAUCUGCCCUGCAAGGAAACUGUCGAUGAUUCAGCUACUUUUAUGGAUGACAUUAGUUUACAGAAAUUAUAACGUUGAGUUGGUGAAUAUACAUAAGCCAUUAAAAAUUACAGGUUUAUCGUCUAGCUCUAUUCCAGAGUUGGAAGUUAGAAUUAGUCCUCGA